GAGUGCAGUCAGCUCAGCGGGUGCGAACCCAGAGAGAGAGAGAGAGAGAGAGAGAAAGAAAGAGAGAGAGAAAAGCGGCGCUAAACGGGCCAAGCAUGGGUAGGACUUCAAGCUUGAGUUGGAAAGUGUCCCCCGGUACCGUGGAGAAGCCCCGCUAGCGCCCGUCCGGCUCCAGAUGGGAGGCUAUUAUGCCCGCGGUAAGCGCGCCCGUGCGAAGUUUGUCUGAAGUGGAGAAAUACCUCAGCAGCCCGAUGGACCGGAGCCAAGAUGCUGGAUUUUUCGGCCUGUCUCUGUCAAUGCGUCGGGGUUCUUCUGACAACAACCUGGACCUGGACCUCAGCGAAGGGAGUCCUCGCUCUGCGUCCGUCUCGGAGGUCCAGCGGAGCCGUUCCUGCCUGGACAACCUCCAGCAGAAGAUCCUGAAAGUCACCGAGCAGCUGAAGAUUGAGCAGAAUGCGCGGGACGAGAACGUGGCCCAGUAUCUGAAGCUGGUGACCAGCGUGGACAAGCAGCAGUUGGGGCGCAUCAAGCAGGCGUUUGAGAAGAAGAACCACAAGUCGUCCCAGAACAUCGCGCAGAUGCAGAAGAAGCUGGAGCAGUACCAUCGAAAGAUGAGGGACAAUGAAGUCCUUCUCAGCCCGCCUCCUCGGCCUCCCUCAGCCAAACGCAGCACCAUACCGAGGGAGUCGCCGAGGCAGCUGAGGGACAUGACCGGCAGCGGGCGGCACCCGACCAUGGACAAGAUUAAAACCAUCGGACCCGGCGUUUCUCUCUCCCCUCCUUUCUUCUUCAGCAAGCCCAGAGAGUUCGCCAACCUUAUCAGGAACAGGUUUGGCAGCGCAGAUAACAUCGCUCACCUCAAAACCAAUCUGGACACGUCACCUGCGCUGCCCGCCGACGGUGCAGGAAAAGUGCUGAGCAGCAGCACCUCUUUGGUUAGCAAGCCCAAGUACACCAGCGACGACGAGUGCUCCUCUAUCUCGGCCGACAGCAACGGGAAUCCCGCCGUUGUAGGACAGGCGCAGAGUCCGGCGCAGCAAGCGGGGGGAGACGGCCAGGACAGGCUGGAGCUGUGCUGCGAGGAGGUGAGAGACAUCAAGGAGUCCCAGAGGCAGCUGGAGGAGGACUUGGAGGAGAUCAAAGAGCAGUUCAAGAGAGAGUACAGUAUUCUGAGCCAAACACUACAAGAGGAGAAGUACAGGUAUGAGAAUCUGGAGGACCAGCUGAAUGACCUAACAGAGCUUCAUCAAAAUGAGAUGACCAAUCUGAAGCAGGAGCUGGCCAGCAUAGAGGAGAGAGUGGCCUACCAGGCUCUUGAAAGGGCCCGGGACAUACAGGAAGCCCUGGAGUCUUGUCAGACACGCGUGUCCAAGCUGGAGCUCCAACAGCAACAUCAGCAGCAAACGGUGCAGCUUGAGAGCCGGGACGCCCGUGUCUUACUGGGGAAGAGCAUUAACAUCAUGCUGGCCAUCAUUACCGUCAUCCUGGUGUGCGUCUCCACCGCGGCCAAGUUCGCUGCUCCACUUUUGAAGAGCCGGUAUCAUAUGGUAGCAACGCUGCUGGGCGUGUGCUUUUUGACCGUUUUCUGGAAGAACUGGGACCGUUUACAGUAUGCCAUAGACAAGCUGUUGAUGCCUGAUUAACACUGAGGAAAUCACUCUGAAAAUAACAAUUAGUUUAUGGCUGUUAGUUCUAAUAGAAAUGUCCAAGAAGAUUGGUUGUACAAUCUUCAGAGGACGGGAUCACCAUCAUUUUUAGGGGUUCAUGUUUUUAAAGACCGACUUAAAUUACAUUUCGGUUUUUUUAAUUUUGCUUGGAUGGAAUUUAAAUGUGUCUAACUCUUUUUAUUAAAGCAAAAAACAAAAACAAUAUUUAUGUUACAGGAAAUGUUGCUACUUAAUAUUUUAGGUCAAAGUCUGAAUUAAGAAAGAUGAGAAAUAUGAAAGUAAUAUGCAGCCCAUUCUGUCCUAUUUUGUUGCAGUCAGAUUAUGACCUAACUCAACUGGGAACAAAGUCAGGAACAGCAUGUUGCUAAUAGUGUCUUUUCUGUCUAGAAGAGCGGGCACCUUAAAAACACGCUGUCUUUCUUUUUUUUUUUUUUUUUACAGCUGGUAAGAUAGUGCUAACAAUCAUUUAGCAUCAAGAACAAGAAUUUUUAUAUAUGAAGGGAUCUUAUUUCAAACUCACAAACAGGAUGCCACCCAAAAUAGCAAACUAGCUCCAAAAGCUCUCAACUUAGAGAGUUUUGGUUUUUGGAUACUUUUAAAAUACACAUUCUUGCUUCUUUCAACUGGAAAACUGUACUAGCAGCCGAUAGGCCGAAAUUAGCUUAAAAUUUGUCGUGGUUUGCUAUGUUAUUCACCACAAUUAAGACGCACAUAAAAUGCUCCUCAAAAUAGGCAAACUAGCAAUAACUUCUUAAAUUGGAGAGGCUUGGUUUCCAGACAUUUUUAACUUGGAGAAGUUUGGUUUCCAGACAUUUUUAACUUGGAGAAGUUUGGUUUCCAGACAUUUUUAAAAACUGCUUACUUCUCGCUGUUAGUGCUAGCAGCUAAUCAGACUAGCAUCAAAUUUACAGUAAAAGUCAAACAUCUUAUUUUAAAAACUCAAAAAAUAUGUCCAAGAUCAGCAGACUGACACCGAAAGCUUUUCAUAUUUUGUCGUAUGCGCAGACAAUUUUAAAACAUACUUGCAUGCUCUAAUGCUGCAGGUAUAGGUAGCCAGUUGGCUCAGUUUAGCAAUGGAUUAGCAAGCAGUUGCUAAACCAGGACUCUCAUUUGAACUUUCCAAAUGAGAUACUGUCUAAAAUUUGUAGGACCUCAGAAUUUUAGAAGUUUUGGUGCAGUUUUUUUGGUUUUGGACUGAGCUAGGCUAGAAGCUUUCACCUAUUUUCACUGUAUGUGAGCUUAACAAUAAGACUGUUUAAAUAUUAUAUGUAGAGGGGGGAUUAAUAGCACCACUUUUGGCUAAAAGAAUAGUUAUAGACUUGCACGUAAUACACACUUAGGCUACGUCCUUUUCUUGUUCUCGGUAAGCUAGUUCUAACAGGUAGUUGGCUUAGCAUCAAAUUUGAAACACAUUGCUACACUAAACGCCUCCUUUGAGAUUCUCAAAAGAGUUGCUGAUCAAAUUUUGCAUUUCCAGCAUCAAACGGUAUGGUUCCCAGGCAUGAUUAAAUACAUUUGCUGUCUUGCAGCUGGUAAGCUAGUGCUAACAGCUGGUUAGCUAAGUUAUGUAAUCAAAAUACCACGCACCUCAUUUGUCACAAUCAGAUGACAUACUCUCUAAAAUAUGCACACUGGAAACACAGCCUCUCAAUUUUAAAGAGUUGGGUUUGCAGACUUUGUUGCAUUUGGACGGCGCUGUUCGAGCAGCUUGCUUUUAUUUUCAAUUUGUGUCAGCUUAACUAACACGACUGUGUUCUAAAAAGUUUCUAGAAGGGAGAAACUACAGACUAAAGCAGAAGCGUCUGGGCAUCUUUUUUAGUUUCUGUUGCCCUUUGCCGUCUUCUUUAGGCAACAUUCCUCUAUCUCAUUUAACCGUUGCUGUUUAAUGUGCAAUAUAUUUUGAUUUCUAGGAGAACUAUUUAUAAAAUAAUUCUUAAAGGAGUGAGCGUUUUACAAUACUGAUUUACAGGAGUGACGGGGGUUAUUGCUGAAGAAAUGUGUAAAGAAGUGUCAUUAAUGCUUACACGAGAGAACCUUUAACAUCUAAGCCACUGCUGGAGUUUAAUAAAACCAGCUGUUUUCUCUCUUAAAGGCCAAAAACCAAUACCUCUGCAUUAUCUUGCCAGUAGCAUGGUAACAGCAACACAAUUGUACUCUAGUGCAGAAACAGACAUACUUAUGCACAGAAAGGCAAAAAACAAAGCAACCAUCACAUCCUGUCACUUGGUUUUAUAUUUUAUAAAAGUCUUAAGGGCUUAUACUCUGUUUUCUAAUAAUGUGAUGUAGAGGUGGUGGAUUAUACUGUGAGUUAAGGCUUUUUUCUUAGAAAAAGGGGUUAUUUUUAACAAACUGCCUGGAGUUUCAGAGAACAUCACUGUUUUUUAUGAUUAACUACAAGCCAAUGUUUUUUUUCAAUCACUAAUGUAAUACGUUUAUCUAAUGAACAUUGUCUAUGAGGACAGCACAUAAUGUAUAAGGACCACUGAUGAUGUUUGCUAGCUGUGAUAGGCACAGGCUUGUCACCGUCUGUUGCACCUUUUUGUUUUUACUAAUUAUUUCAUGUUUUUUUUCCUUCUUUUUUUUGUUGUUGACAUAUUUGAGGAAGUUUUCCACGCAGAACUAUGAUCUCGUUUACAUUCUGUAUUUAUCUCUGGUGCCCUAUGUGAUCAAUCAGUUGUAUGUUUAUGCAUUCUGUGCCUUUGUCUGAUCAUUUCUGUUAAAUUAAACAAACCCUUUUAAUCAACAUGUUACAAAAGUGCUGUGCAAAA